AUGAGCAGCAGAACCUUCCCAGGUGUCAAACUCAGCUUUCCAGGAUUACUUAAGGUGAGCGCGGCAGGGAGACGGGUGACGACACGGAUGCAGACUGCAAGCUUUUCGGUAACGACGGAUUCCUUCCUGUGCUCCCUUCUUCUAGUUGUAGCUCUGCACUGUUGCUGCCUUGCAGUUUUGGUCCGGUCGGCACCCGUACCGGCGAGCACGUCUGCUGGGAUGAACCAGGAGUUCAAACAGGCCGUGGAGCGCUCAAAGACCCUGGUGGAGAAAAUUCUCCGUGACAUACCCACCGUGCACGGAGCCACGAUUAACACCCCGGGCCUGACCCUUGACCCCUCCAGCCAGCAAGCAAAUCUGCAGAUGAUGGUGAAAACUCUGGGAAUCCCUGCUGCACCCGUGCUCAAGCAGCUGUCAGAAACCUUCACACUGGAUCUUUGUGUGAACCGCAUGUCUCAGGGCGUGAAUCUACACAAGGACUUACUGGAAGCUGUGUCAAAUAAACUGACAGGACUGACUGAUCUCACAUCUGACCUGCGAGAUCUACAGACACAGAUCGGCAAGAUGCAGGAGCAGGGCCAUUUAAGCAGUGCAGAGCAGUACCAAAGUCCAGACCUGGCCUCUCAUCUCAACGGCGACUAUGAGGUUCAGGUGGCCGAUCACCUGAGUCUGAAGCAGCUGCUCUCCUUCUGUCACGACCUGAUGCGCAGCUUGAGACAGAUCGCCACGCUACAGUAGCUUCAGAAUUAAAUGUGGCACCAGAGGGAGACAUGAUGCUGCGUUCACGUCACUUCUCGUUGCCACAGCAC